UUUGGUCUAAUCACAUCAUCAUACGGGGAGCAUUAUCAUGCAGCGCGUCGAUGGCUCCAUCACGUUUGGUCGCGAGCCCAGUAAGGAAUGGCACAUGGUGGGAUACCGGCGCUUAGGCAUGCGAAUCAUGGUAAUGGACUGGUCAAUGCCCUCACCAUCAUGGCAACUAGGAAUGUUGCGUAGGGGUUUAAUGACGAUACACGGAAUAUGCUUGUAACAAUCAUUUUGGGGAAAUCUUGGGCACUAGUUGGUCUUCACCAACAAGGCUUGGCACGCGAAUUGGGUCCAGGUAUUGGGUUUCAGCAAUGGCGCAACGGGGGAAAGAUGGACGGGGAACAAAAGAAAAUGGUUCGUUUCACAACAAGAGUUGGCUGGGUCUCAGCAGAGUGUGGUGCAGUCGGGUUUGGCGUGCUUCUAGCAUUCGGAACUUGCGCUGUGGGAAGAGGUGGAAUUUUGGGGGCCAUGGGGCGUAGUUGCGAACUUGACGUCGACUUCGCAAUGCUGGUCUUGUCCAUAUCGGGCUCGGCGUGCCUUGCGUGGAGAUGUCGAGCAUUCUUGUCGGCCACGGCUUGGAGCAUGCAAACCCCCAUGGGUAUCAAGGGAUGAGGCAGCGGGAAAGUGGCAUACAAUUGUGUCUUGCCGAGGGGAACGAAAUACACCUGGAUGAGACCCUGGUCCAAAG